AUGCCCCUGGACCCUGCCAGCUGCUUAGGGUCCACGUUCCGCACCACGGCCUCUGAACGGCGGCCGACUGCGUUCGGAUACGGCGGAGUAGAUGGGCCCGUUUGGGAAGUGCUUGGUAGACUGGGUAAAGCAUACAUCGGCCCUACAGAUAUUGUGCGCGUUGAGUGCAUCCUCGCAAGAGCAAUCCGGACAGACGUAGCGGCGGGAGAACUCGGAAAUUGCGUCGCCAGAGCAUUGUGCCUACCACGUCCACGAGAUGCGGUCUCGGCUGUGCCGCAGCAUCGUAAUGAGCGGAGUGGACACGCUGAGCAGCGACUUGACAGCUUGGAGCUACGAAACCGCACCCUUGUCGUCGAUGCCCGGCCACCGACGAAGCAGCUGACCGACUACGGCGUCCAUGCGCCUCAAGUGCCGAGACGACUGGUGCGGCUGCGUGACACUCCUCCUCCGUCCAUUCAAUUGAACAGCACUUCAGCUGCCAGCGCACGUGCAGUACACAAUGCACUAGCACAGAACAAGAGAAAGUUCUGCGGCAGGAAACGCAGUGGUCUCGCGAAUCCACGGCUCGUCAUCCUGUUCAGCCCGACUUCUCUUCCGAUCACUCACCCGGGGAGGUCGCAGGACGUGCAUCUACGACUGAUAUGCGUUCAUGAGUCGGAUCACGAUUGGUUGCAACGAGAAAUGCUCGGGGAUGGUCGUCUUCGACCCGGACGCAUUCGGUGGACUAUGUGGUCACUGGUGAGGCACGGCAGAGCGUCAAAUCCGGAAGACAUCAAGUAGCAAUUACCUGCCAGUCAUUGUAACACAGCUUUGUGUCAUGCGACAUGCUUGCACCUGGAUACUGCAGCGAACAGCCCCGACGCCGCGACGGUUUGCGAAGGUCUUGUG